CCCUUACAAACCGAAGUUAGCAACAUGAAGACCUUAGUCGUUUGCAUUCUUGCCCUUGGAUUAGCUGGCGCUUCAGAACAGAGGAUCAAGCGAAGUUGGUCUCAUGGGGCUGCCAUCCCAGGAGCAGCUACUCAUGGAGUUGUAGUACCCGGAGCCGUAUCCUAUGGCGCUGUCAUUCCAGGAGCUGUAUCUCAUGGCGCUGUCAUCCCAGGAGCCGUUUCCUAUGGUGCCACCAUUGCUGGUCCCGUGGACGGAGGAGCUACCCUCGCUGGUCCCGUUAACGGAGGCGCUCAUCUUACAGGACCCGUCAAUGGUGGAGCAGCUAUAAGUGGUCCCGUCAACGGAGGAGCUCAUAUUGUUGGCCCUGUCAAUGGUGGAGCUCAUCUUACCGGUCCAGUCAAUGGUGGAGCUGCUCUCUCUGGUCCAGUCAAUGGUGGAGCGCAUCUUACCGGUCCAGUCAAUGGUGGAGCUGCUCUCACUGGUCCAGAGCUCACUCACUGCCCCGUCAAUGGAGGCGCUUACCUCACCGCCCCUGUCAAUGGAGGAGCUCACCUCACUGCCCCCGUCAAUGGAGGCGCAUACCUCACCGCCCCUGUCAAUGGAGGAGCUCACCUCACUGCCCCCGUCAAUGGAGGCGCAUACCUCACCGCCCCUGUCAAUGGAGGAGCUCACCUCACUGCCCCCGUCAAUGGAGGAGCUCACCUCACCGCCCCCGUCAAUGGAGGAGCUCACCUCACUGCCCCCGUCAAUGGAGGAGCUCACCUCACUGUCCCCGUCAAUGGAGGCGCUUACCUCACCGCCCCUGUCAAUGGAGGAGCUCACCUCACUGCCCCCGUCAAUGGAGGCGCAUACCUCACCGCCCCUGUCAAUGGAGGAGCUUACCUCACCGCCCCCGCUUAUGGUGGAGCCUACCUAGGAGCCCCAGUGGUGGCCUCCCCGUUAUUGGCUGCUCCCUCCCAAGCAUACGGUGUCCUCUACGCCGGACAUCACGGUCAUUUGGUGCAUUAA